AUGGCUUACAACAUUACCAGUCUUAUCUUUUUGACGUCUCUAAUAAUUUUGGAUUGUGCACGAGCUAUCAUAACAACGGAAGGACGUAGUUUCAUUGUCGAUGAAGGUGACAGCGUCGAAUUACCCUGCAAUAUACGUAAUAUUGGGGAAGAUACAGUGGUGAUAUGGAAACGAGGAGAGCUAGUAUUAUUCACCGAUGAGGAAGUCUUUUAUGAGGAUCAACGAUUCCAGUUACGCAGGAAAGAUAAUAAUUUUACAUUGGUUAUCGAAAGAGUAGAACCAUACGAUGGCGCAAAAUAUGUUUGCGAAAUAACAUCACCCGAAAUGUCAAUAACGCAUACAUUGGAAGUGAACGUACAUCCUAUGGUUUCUAUAUCGCCGGAUACAAAUCCACUACUGGUGAAUGUUGGCGAGAAUAUGGUCAUCAAAUGCUCAGUAUCUGGUAAUCCCCCACCAAAAGUUACAUGGACCCGACAGGGUGGUCCAAAAAUGCCAGCAAGAGCUACAUCAAAAGAUGGACAGCUGAGGAUAACUCGUGUGACGAUGGAUGAUAGCGGCGUGUAUGAAUGUACAGCAUCAAAUAAUGUCGGCGUCGAUGCGCAUGAUACCAUCGAAGUUCGAGUGCAAGCGGAUCAGUACGGAGCGCAUGAGCCGUCAGCACCAUGGGUCGAUUCAGUAUAUUCAUACAUACCGGUAAGACUAGGUCAAGAUAUCAAUCUAACCUGUAAAUAUAACGCCAAACCAUCACCCCAAGUUGAUUGGAUUUACAAUGGAUUCACAAUCAACUUUUCGGAUGAUCGAUUCAAAGGUUUAAUGCAGUAUGCUGCCAGACGUGAUAACUACAGUGAAUCUAUCCUAGCAAUCGAAAAUAUCAAAGAAGAUAAUUUUGGUGAUUACACAUGUCGUGUAGCAAAUAAUCUUGGAAUAAAAGAGAAGACUAUUUAUGUCAGCGGUCGACCAGGACCACCUCAUUUAAAUACAAGUGGAACUCUACUUUCUUGGAGUGUACAUUCAGUGGAUCCAGUCAUCGAAUAUCAAAUCUUAUAUCGAUUCUCCAAUGAUGAUACAUGGCAGCAAUUUAAAUCUAUAAGGGCAAAUAAAGAGGAGCAAGAUGGUAAUGUUUGGAGCCGAAGCGAAGAUUUGGUUUGGUUACGGCCUGGUUUAGAAUAUGAAUUACAAAUGAAAGCACGAAAUGCACUAGGAUGGGGCUCAUUGGCUCGAUCUUACGUUACAAUGAAAACACCGUUCUUUGACAACGUGACCAAUGAUAAAAAAGUGAACUCAGUAAAGCAAAUAUAUGCGUCACGAUCAUCAUGUUUGUCCAUCGUUUCAUUCAUUGCCGUAUCGAUUUUCCUGUUAUGA